AUGAGAAUUUUCUACACCUUCUGGACGGUGGGUCUGCUGUGUACAGUUCUUCACUGUUCCUCUGCAAGAAAGCUUGAAAACAUAGCUUCGAAUAUUAUUCCCGGCAGUAAUGCGUUAGGACAGCAGAAACAGAACGUAGUCGACACAUACGAAGAUGUUUCAGGCUCGGAAAAUCAACCGGAUGUCGGCAGUGAAGCCCUCCCGGAGAGUACCGAAACGAACGAAAUUGAAGAUGAAGUUGCCAGCCCGGAAGUGGUGAACGAGGUACUGGAAGAAUCGAACGUCGUCCCACAAGAAACGGUCAGCGAAGCGACCGUGGUCAACAUGGACGAUUCGAGCUUAAUAAAUCGUUACUGCCGGUGUACGGCGUACGAGUGUAAUUGUUGCCGCGACAUUGACGUGCCACUGUUCCCGGUGAAAGGGCCAGGAUGUGCCGUGAUACAGUACCUGGAUGGUGACCGAAUGUCGGUUGGUGUUAAGUUUGCCGAUCGUAUGAUCGUGAAUCGUGUCAUUUCAGCCAGAAGAGCGACACCCGUCUGUUUACCGCUGCCCGGUGGCUAUAACCGCUUCUGCGGACGCGUCUACGGUAUCUCGCGGAAGGCUAACGAAGGUUUCAAAGCUUGUCUGGGUCUGGAACUGCGGGCUGACGAUGAGGUAGAGGCGGUGCUGCGUGUGUCCUGCUUUAAGUUUGGCCCUCGUGGACUGUCCGUGAUGGAUCCCGAACCACUUCCACCGGUCGAUGACAUUGACGUGGGCGACGAGGAUGAUGAGGACGAGGAAGAUGAGGCGGAGGAGCUGUUUGGUUUUUCGCUCGACGAGGAUGAAGAUGACGACGAUGAUGAGGAUGAUGAUGAUGAUGAUGAUGACGGUGGUGCCGAUAGCGUGCAGGAGAAUGAAACCGAUCAGGGUGACUCACCGGACUACACCGGAUUUAGCUUUCUUGAUCGCGACCUAAUGGGAAGCAUAUUCGGGGUGAAAAAGUUUUGGUAAUCGGGAACGGAGCAGUUAGGUUAAGGUUAGUUUAAGGUACCGACAAAGAUACUGACAUCGAUCU